AAAAAUGUAUCAGUUGUAUAUGUGUCAGAUAAAAUCUAAUUUGUGUUAAGAUAAUUUUUUUUGUAAUUAAUUGAUAACAAAAUUUACACAUUAUUUUAAAGAAAUUUGUUAAAAAUACAUAUUAAAAUGGUUAAACUAUAUUCAUUAAGUGUAUUGUAUAAAGAUACCAACAGUGCCAAGUGGUUAAAAGCAACAUAUGACCUACAAAGUUUUGGUUUUUUUCAAAGGGGUUCGGUCCAGGAGUUCAUGGCCUUUGUCAGUAAAACAAUUGUUGAAAGAACACAAACAGCUGCAAGACAGUCGGUAAAAGAAGGAGAAUACAUGUGUCAUGUUUAUGUUCGAGGUGAUAAUUUAGCCGGCGUUUUAAUAUCAGAUCAUGAAUAUCCUUCACGAGUAUCGCAUACAUUAUUAACUAAAAUAUUAGAUGAAUUUUCACUAAAAUAUCCAGCAAAUACGUGGCCUACAUUAACGGAAGCUGAAGCUAUGUUUCCACAAAUAAAUACUUAUCUUGCUAAGUAUCAAAAUCCCAAAGAAGCAGAUCCUAUGACCAAAAUUCAAGAAGAGCUAGAUGAAACAAAAAUUAUUUUGCACAACACAAUUGAAGCCGUAUUAGAACGUGGCGAAAAACUUGACGAUUUAGUCAGCAAAUCAGAAAGUUUAUCAGUACAGUCAAAAGCUUUUUAUAGGACAGCUAAAAAAACGAAUAGUUGCUGUACUUUUAGUUAAAUUUUUAUAAAUUAUAAGUUUAAUUUUUUUUUAUUUGGUAAAAAAAAAAACCCAAAAUUCAGAUUCCAAACCGAAAAACUAAUUAGAUUAUUUUAAUUAUAUUUUUAAAUUAAUAUUUUUUCGUUGUAAAUCUAAUUUUUUUUAAACAGUUUUGUGCUGUUCUUAUUGAGAGUAAACAUAAACACAGAACUUAAUUUAAUUCGUACGAUUAUUACUAAACCAUAUUCCAAAAAAUUUAAAAACACUCAAAAAUUAUGAAAGGUGAAAUCUAGACUUAUAUUACACAUUAAAAGAAAUUGUGGGUCAAAAUUAAAUCUGUGUAUCUCGUGCGAUUUGUUUUUAAAUUAAAUAUCGUUAAAGAGAUUUUUUUCAUUGCAAAUGAACUGUGUCUCGAGUUUUUAUUUUAAAAAAAAAUACAGAAAAUUUUAACCGAUG